GAAGAGUGGCCGGAGAAGAGAAAGAUGGGAAUGUGGGAAUGAAACCCCGCCGCGGCGGAACCCCGCGAAGAAGAAGCGACCGACGACAAACGGGAAGAACAAGCAAGAAGCAGCAUAAGCAGAAGGAGAAGAAGAAGCGGUCUGCUGGUGCUCCGUCGUGUGAUACGCGUGCGUCGUGGUCCCGCUCGGAUGUGGUGGUGUGUGGUGCAGCUAAAAAAGUCGGAACGGAACUCCUAGAAUUCUCCCCGUUCUCGUGAUAUCGCGUUCUUCUUCACUGUUUGUCCCAAGUUAUCAUCGUUCCGCGAAAUAACGAGUGAAGAGUAUCUUUCCGCAGCGCGAUCGUUUCCGGUGUGGUGUGGGUGUGUCUGUCUGGUGAGUCUACUGUGCAUGUGUGUGCACGUAGUGUUUCCGUAGUGCGCUCUACGACAGUUCUCCGCGGUGUUGUGUUGUCGCCAACGACGCCAGGUGUUUGUCAGCCAACUCGAGUGCCCCUUUUUCGGCUUGUUGUGCUCCAGUUUCCCGUGACAUUUUGCUCGACUUCAGAUAUCCCCCCCCCCCCCCCCCCUCCGCAUACGGGGGACUGACUGACGCCCAGCACCGAUAAGCGUAGAAAGCGUUGGUAACCAUCACAAGGACGGGACUUCUGUUUCCUUCAAUGCGGGUUGCCAAAGGAUCGAUCUGCUCCUGGAGACCAGCGAAGUGUGUUAUUCCUCCUCCACCACCCUUGGCGCUACAGUGAGCGGUACAGAUACUGACAGUGGAAUAACAUCCCUGAGGGAUACAGACACGCGGUGGGAUUUGCGAAGCGAAAUUCCCUCCAUAAAACAAAAGGAAGAAGGUGUAGGAGCAGGAACUCUAGCCAACCAACACCGAUCCACAACACACAACCACACAGACACAUAGACAAGAUGGGGAAGCUACUGUCGAAGAUAUUCGGCAACAAGGAGAUGCGAAUUCUGAUGCUGGGCCUGGAUGCGGCCGGCAAAACAACUAUACUCUAUAAGCUUAAACUAGGCCAAUCGGUAACGACAAUUCCAACGGUUGGAUUCAACGUGGAAACCGUCACGUACAAGAACGUCAAAUUCAACGUGUGGGACGUUGGGGGACAGGACAAAAUUAGACCCCUCUGGAGGCAUUACUAUACGGGUACGCAAGGGCUAAUUUUCGUGAUCGAUUGUGCGGAUCGCGACCGGAUAGACGAGGCGCGCCAGGAGCUGCACCGGAUAAUAAACGAUCGUGAGAUGCGGGACGCCAUCAUACUGAUAUUUGCGAACAAACAGGACCUGCCAGAAGCAAUGAAACCUCACGAGAUUCAGGAAAAGCUUGGCCUGACACGGAUACGCGAUCGGAACUGGUACGUGCAGCCAUCCUGUGCCACCACCGGUGACGGUCUGUACGAGGGUCUGACGUGGCUAACGUCGAAUCACAAGUUAUGAGAAUAAUUUUACUGACUGCCGCAGAGCAAAGGGAACGGCGGGGAUGGAAGUGGCGUGCGGUUCCCUGUAGGCUAGGGAACGGAACAGAACGAGAGAGCGAGCGAGCGACUGGCAGGGGACGUGGGUGCACAUGUGUCGUGUGUCUGUGUUUGUGCAUCUGGGUGUGUAUGCGUGUGUGAAUCCUUCCUGUGUAAGAACAUUUAUUAAACGGCAAACAAAAACAAACAAAAAGGACGUGCAUAGCAACCAACAGCAACAGCAGCAGCAGCAGCAGAAGCAAGUUGAUAAAAGAAAGAAUGUUAGACUAGCAGCCAUUACACUCACUCAAACACGCUAUGGUGGUGCUGUAGUUGCGGACCCCGAAAAAGGCAAAAACUGCUCACAUUACAUUGGAAAUAGUUAGUUCUAUCCGGCGACCCUGGUAUCCGGUCUAGAGAUUCCGGUUAAUAGAAACGACUGUUGUACAGUGGAAUAGAGAAAAAAAAAGAAUCGCAUACAACUCCUUCUCUCCGUAUCUUUCUAUCGACUGUCCAAAGAUCAGCCAGCCUUGAACGACUACGACGACCUAUGAAGGCUCGGCCGGUUGAAGAGCAUAGUUCAAUUGUGUAGAUUAUAAGGAAUGUGGUUCGCCGUGAGCAGCAGCAUCCGCCGGUAGUAUGCAUUAUAUCAGAGAGAUCAGGAUUAAAAAUGAAAUAUGAAGACAGGACAGUGAAGAAGCUCAUACUGCUGCGCUGUUGGGGUAACAAAAAGGGAAGGGGUACAGUGUGAUAGCCGUGCCCAAGAAACAGAAACAGAUAAAAACAUAUUGAAAUCGCUUAGCUUUUAGCGCUCCGUUCUCCGUUUGUUUGUAAUGUUUGUUCCAAAAGCGCGAAACGCGAAGCCACGUGGUGUCACCACGUGCAGUUGAAGGGGUGCGAUAAGGCAUGCACCGUCACACCAACACAGACACACACAUACGCGCAUUAACAAGCGUUGCACACACUCACACAUACACGGGACAAAUCAGGAGGUGCUGUCCUUAGAAACAGUGCAGACCGGAGAGAGAACGAAAUGAUCGAUUGCAGGAUCAAUGGGGAGGGAUAAUUAGCAUAGCGCAAGCGUGUUUGCAGCAGCGUCGAAGCGAAUUGAAGAAAGUGUUGGAGUGCAGGAGGGCGGCUUCUUUAGUUUUUUUUCUUUCCCCCCCCCUAAAAGCUGUGUCAGCUGUGUGUGGCCGGGGGAUUAGUUGCCUGCGAGCGAGCGACACAAAACGUUGUAAAUACUAUUGUACGGUAAAAGAGUAAUAAAUAAACAAAAGCAACAAAGUAGCUAACUAGUGGAUGA